AUGGCGCUGGGCAGGCAACUGUAUCACUUGCUUUUUCGCCGCACCUCCACCUUUGCCCUCACGAUCAUCGUGGGCGCGGUGGUCUUCGAGCGGGUUUUCGACCAGGGCGCGGAUGCUCUCUACGACCACAUGAACAAGGGAAAGCUGUGGAAGCACAUCAAGCAUAAAUACGAGACUGGUGAAGAGUAA